GAGGAUGGGCUUGCUGCUGGUGACGGAGAUUACAGAAACGCAGCACAGGAGCACUGAAUAGCGUCCUGCGUGUGUUAGUUUUCCUCCAUGCCGUCUGAGGGAAUUCUGUGAGUGGAGCGUUUCAGGGUUCAGCACCGCGGACAGCGCUGGACUGGAUUAGUGAGGAAUUGUGGGAUAUUUCUACGAUGGAGGCAGACAGUCUGGCAUUAGCGGCCACUGCCCCUCCCUCUCACACUGGUGUCAUCCUGAUCCCAAAAAUUCCACACCUUGAGUUCUGCGUGGCCUGUAGAGAGUUGGUGCCAGAGUUCAGGGACAGAAAGCCGAAUGCUCUGGUGCAGGUGGCUGUGCUGGAUGCUCAUGAGCAGGGGAUCAUCGCCUAUGCCUGCACUGAGGUUGUGGAGGGAACAAGAGACCCUCUGUUUCUGACAGGCGUGAGUCUGUCCCCCGACUGGCCCGUCUAUGAGGAGAGCCUCAUCAAGCUCAGCGUCUAUGAUGUAAAGGACAAGAGCCACCAGACAAGCAGUUUCCUGGGCAGCGCUAGCUUCUCUGUAGCUGAUCUCCUCAAGUCCAAGGACCAGCAGCUCUCUCUCAGUCUGAGGACGGCAGAUGAUUCGGCAGCUGUGGGGACGGUGGUGGUGUGUCGGCUGAAGAUGGGGGAGAUAGAGGAUGGAGAGGUGGACCACAUUGCUGCUGACACACACCAGAAGUGCACUCUGGUGUGUGAGUCAUCACAAGGGACCACAAACGAAAAGGAUAACGGACCACUGAUGAAUGCAGUGUUUAAGAAUCCGGUGUGUAAGGUGUACAGGUUUCAGACGGUGGACAGCAAGUGGAUGUUGGUGAGGGAGCAAAUGGCGGAGUGUACACUGUCCUUCAGCAUCCCCAUGCAGCUCCUCGGCCUUUUCAUUCAAGAGGACAGCCACAGGAUACAGGAGCUUAAUGAUCUGGGUGAACUCUCCCCACACUGGGAUAACCUGAGGAGGGACGUCAUCACCCGCUACAGCCAGCUCAUCAAAACCUACCAGGACACACUCGCUGAGCUGGAAAAACUCACUGGUCCUGUGUUCAAGCCCAGCUGCAGCAAGGCCCAGAAAUACCUAGAGUUCAUCCCUAUCAAUCUGCACACACAGCGCAUGAGAGUGACGUGUCCCAGGAGAACAGACUCCUUCUAUGAUGUGAUCACAGUCGGAGCCCCAGCUGCCCACUUUCAGGGCUUCAAGAACGGAGGCCUCCAGAAACUCCUCAGCAGAUACGAGGCAGAGAAGAAGAGCUACAGUACAGCGUAUCAGUGCAUCUACUACUCUCCAGAGAACACAGCCAAGGCCAGGGAGAUCCUGAGCACUGUAGCUCAGCUGCAACCCCUCAUCUCCGGACUGGCUGACCGUCUGCUGCUGGCCGCACAGCAGCGCUCCAGCCACGGCCUGCGAGAGGCGCUCAAGAGCUUAGCUGAAAAGACGGAGCAGUUUGUUCAUGCUCUGAAGGAUGAGUUGGUGAAGAGUGCUCUCUUGGCGCUCCACGCUGCGCGGCCCGGCUACGUCAGCAAGAGCCAGACGUCCAGUCAGCCUGAGGCUCACUCAACCCCAACCCAAAACCAGAGCCCAAACCCAAACCAGACCCCAGAGCCAGACGCUGUUGUCUGCAACAAUGUGGCCGGAUCUCAAUCUCCCCCUAAAAGGGAAAAUCCACCACCUCCUAAACGACAGGACAUCCCCCACCACAAGGAGUAUGAUGAGGAGGAAUGGGAUAGGGUGUGGGCCAACGUGGCGAAGAGUCUGAACUGUGUCAUCGCUGUGGUGGACAAACUACAGGAGCAGGACAACAACAAACAGGAUUCCACUCCUGACCAGGCACUCGCUGAUGUCAUCACCUCCCACAAUCCUGCCGCAGACUGGAGGGAUCAGCUCAGUCCUCUGGUGGUGGCCCUGAAGGAUUGCGUGAGCGAGGUGGCCGAGAGAGCCAGCAAGUCCAUGACUUUCGUGCUUCUACAGGAGGCAGCGUGCAGCACUCCCCAUGGCCUUCAGCUCCAGCAGAGACGAGACACGGUAUUCAGCCAAGCGUUGGCUGCGUUAGCCUGCGGUUUUGUCAUGCGGCUCUAUGCCGGAGUCGAGGAUAGGGGCUUCCUCAGACAGCUGCACUCAGUGGGGGUGGUGGCCCAGUUUGAGAGUUUGCUCAGCACUUACAGUGAGGAGAUAGGAAUGCUGGAGGAUAUGGAGGUGGGCAUUUCUGACCUACAGAGAGUUACCUUCAGAAUCACAGAAGCAGCCUCUGAUGACCCCACCAAUCUGCAGCCCACUGUCAGCGGGAGACGAGACCAUUACACUGUAGAGGUGCCGCUCCCACUCCAAGCCUUCCAGACGUUGCCAGAUGAACUGCGUCAGGGCAAGCUGCUGCAGGUCGUCCCUGUGCUGUUUAAUGUGGGCAUCAACGAACAGCAGACCAUCGCAGAGAGAUUUGGUGAUAUUUCAUUACAGGAGAGGAUAAACCAGAGGAAUUUCGACAUUUUAGAGGCUUACUAUAAGUCACUGAGUGCCAAGGUCCCUUUAGAAUGCCUGCCCUGUUUUCAGACGCAGACUGAUGUUAAAGAGUUACUUGAAACACUGGGCCAGAAUGUAGUGACCAAGAAGAGGAAGAAUGUGGAGAUUCUCUGGCUUGCGGGAGCGAUAUGCCGGCGACUGAAUGGCAUUCGUUUCACCAGCUGUAAAAGUGCCAAAGACAGGACGUCCAUGUCAGUGACACUUGAGCAGUGUGCUCUGCUGAGGGAUGAGCACCAGCUCCACAAGGACUACUUCGUCCGGGCCCUGGACUGCAUGCGGAGAGAAGGCUGCCGGAUUGAGAACGUGCAAAAGAAUAUAAAAUGCAGGAAGUAUGCUUUUAACAUGCUGCAGCUGAUGGCCUUCCCCAAGUAUUACCGCCCACCGGAGGGGACCUAUGGGAAAGUGGACUCAUGAGACAAGACAUCAUGGACUCUUGUUCAUCAUCUGCUUUAUUAUUAUUAUUAUUAUUAUUAUUAUUAUUAUUGUUAUUGUUGUUGUUAUUGUUACUAUUAUUAUUAUUCACUCCUGUUCAUUUUUUGGAAAAUAUUUUUUGUGCAUUCACAAGUUGUUGAGAUGUAAAAAUCUAGAAAAAAGUGCAUGUAUAUUUAUAUAUGUUUCUACACUGUGCUUUGCACAGAGUGCAGCAAUACAACUGUAAUAAGUGUUAUUUACUCAUUAAAGGUUAAACAUUA